AUGUCUGGCCACUUCGACACCAACCCACCACAAUCCCCAAAUCUCGAUUCCGACGCCAUUGAACUCGUCCAAAUCGGCCAACAACAUGCGUCUUUCGCCGGGCACGAGUCAGACCCAGAAACCCUGCGUGCAGCCGGCGGCACUCCUCCUCCGGAGGGCAUCGACCCGGCCACCAUUGCCUUGGUAGAAGACGUCCCUCCAGAUGGCGGGUACGGAUGGGUGAUUGUGGGGGCAGUUUUUCUUAUCAACGUCAACACCUGGGGCAUCAACAGCGCCUGGGGAAUUUUCAUGGAGCAGUAUAUCCGCGAGAACACCUUUCCGGAAGCCAGCCAUUUUGAGUACGCCCUCGUCGGAGGUUUGUCUGUCUCGCUGGCUCUGAUCUUGGGACCAAUUAUUAGUGCUAUCCAGAAAACGUUGGGUACCAGGUAUACGAUGGUACUGGGUUCUUUGAUGAUCUUUGCUGGACUAUUUUCUGCGUCGGCGGCUAGUCGGGCAAUGGGACUCCUCCCCCCAUGGUUUUCACGCCACCGAAGCCUGGCUCUCGGUCUUGCAACGGCGGGAGCAGGCGGUGGCAUCGCAUGGAACCUCAUCACUGGCAAACUCCUUGCCGUUUCGGGAUUGAAAUGGACCUGGCGGAUUCUUGCCCUUGUCUCCAUUGCUUUCAACAUCAUUUGCGCCUUCCUCUGCCGCGAGCGGCCUAUCAGCUCUUCCACGGGGUCGUCGAAACGCCGAUCCUUCAACAUCCGUGAUUUUGGCAGGACCCAGGUCCUUCUUAUUCUCCUGUGGGGUUUCAUAACCGAAUUCGGCUACGUCUCCCUCUGGUACUCUCUUCCGAGCUAUGCAACCAGUAUCGGCCUCACUCCAUCCCAAGGAUCCGUGGUAAAUGCCAUGUUGAGUUUGGGAGUGGGCGUUGGGCGCCCGCUUGUUGGCGCCCUCAGCGACCGCUUCGGCCGUAUCAACCUCGCCCUCUUCUGCUGCUCUUCAUGCGCCAUCCUCUGCCUAACCCUCUGGAUUCUCGCCCGCUCGUACGCCGGCUUGAUCAUCUUUGCCUUAGCCGCAGGCGCUGGAGGUGGUUGUUUCUGGUCCACGGUGAAUCCGAUCCUGGCGGAAACCGUCAGUCUCGCCGAAAGCAGUGCCAUUUUUGGCACUAUCUGCUUCGCCUUGGUAAUUCCUACCACUUUUGGAGAAGCCAUUGCGCUGCAGCUUGUCAAGGGCGGAGACGGCAUAAACAAGUUCAUUCCGAGCCAAAUCUUUGUCGGUUGUACGUUCCUGGGGGGCACCGCUUUACUCAUGCUCCUUCGAAGCUGGCAGAUUUGCGAGAUUGAGAGGAAAAACGAGGGCAUGGGGAGUAAUCAAAAUGGGGAGGGCCACAAGAGGUCUGGAGAAGAAAGCCGAACGGAGGAGGAUUUGGAGGAAGGGGUUAUGGCUUCGGGAAGAAGCGCUGGGGUGGCGGUGUUGGGCGAGUUGAGGAGCUCGGCUGCUGGGAUGUGGUCUCCGAGAAAACUAUUUGUUGCGAGGAGGGUGUAGCGAUGGGUGGCAUGUCACGGUAAAAAGCGUUUGUUUCACUCGGGUUUGGGACUGUGUUCAGCGAAACCAUGUGUUUAUUUAGAUCUAAAAGCACUAAUUAACUCUUUGAUGAUAG